AUGAUCGGCAGUGAAGAAGCAGAGACGAUGAUGAUGGUGACGUUGGAGAUGAGAAUCCUGACGCAACUCCAGCCAGAACGAUAUUGUAUCGGCUUUCAAGAGUCACACAACUCUGACUGCGCCUUAAAAAUCACGACCCGCCGAGACCCGAAAAGAGUUCGACGCCGAAUAAUGAAGUUCCAAAGACCAGCUCGAUCUCACAUCCGAGUUCGAAAAGCAUCCUAUCGCCGAUUAGAUAAUCAUUCUCGGCUCGACGCAAAGUAA